AUGAAAAUAGGUGAUCAGAUUUUAGUUGAUGGAAAGUCUCCGGCAACUGUUCGUUACAUCGGACCUGUCGAUGGUCAUCCAGGUCAAUGGAUUGGAAUUGAAUGGUGGAAUCAAGAGGGUAAACACGAUGGGACAUUCAAUGGAAAAUUCUACUUUCAAACCACGCAUCCGAUGACGGGCUCUUUCAUCCGACAAGAGAGAAUUCAGUUCGGACAUUCGUUUACACAAGCGAUCUGUCGACAAUACGUGAAAUCCUAUUCGAAUGAAGAUAUUCGAACAGAUAUUAACUAUUCACUGUUUGGAAAACAGUAUUCGGAUUAUGUUAUCGAUCUUGCCUCGAUGCUUCGUAUUGACUUAUCCUCACAAUGGGUGAAUGCAUUCGAUGAUAAUGACGAUAUCUAUGCCAAUCUUCGUCAAAUCAAAGAACUGAACAUUCGUCAAAAUCUUUUGACAAACUGGUCGGAACUCUGGUCGCGAUUACAAAAUCACUUUCCGCAUUUAGAAAUCUUGAACGUUAGCAACUGCCGCAUGAUAUUCGACCAAUCACCAACGAAAGAAUAUCUUCAUAUAAAUCAAUUGGUACUAAUCGAUAUCGAUAGUGAUUGUGACAUAUUUGAAAAUAUUUGUAAAUAUUUUCCAAAUUUAACGACUAUUCAUCUGGACCUGAAUCGGCUGAGCUUCAUUUCGGAAACUUUCGUUUCACAAUUACCGAAUUUGACAACUGUGUCGUUAUCCGAUAACCCAACACUGAAGUCCUGGGAUCCGUUUAUCAAUCGUUUAGGAAAAUUGAAGCAUCUCGAAGAACUGAUUCUAAACAAUUGUGCAAUUGAUGAAAUACAAUUUCCAAAUGAGGAAUUAUUUCCUUCGUUGAAGUAUCUCUACAUGUCUGAUAAUCAUAUUUCAUCAUUUUCUUCUAUUAAUGAAUUGUCACGCUUACCUGCAUUGAUAUCAUUCAGUAUUCUGCGAAAUCCGAUCUACCCGUCGAACCCGAUCGAAUGUGAAACAGCGAAACAGAUGAUUAUCGCCCGUCUACCGUGUCUAACACAUUUUAACCGAGUUUUAAUCACGCGCGAUGAGCGACGAGGCGCAGAGAUUGAUUAUCUGCAACGUUAUGCACAAGAAUAUUUUGACCAGAAAUUAGAUUUCAUUCACGAUCAUCGACAGUAUCGAAAACUAAUCGACAAGCAUGGUGAACCAUUGAAACGAAAUACAAACGAAACAUCAAAAAAGGGCCUAUGUAUUCGUCCAAAUUUGCUUCAAGUUAUUUUCGAACUUGGCGACGAAAAUGAACGUAAAAUCGAGAAGAAGAUUCCGCCAUCGAUGACCAUUGCAAAACUGAAAACAUUCGUACGCAAAUUAUUUCCGUCGCAAUUGACCAAUGACAUACAACUCAAUCUCUUUAUCGUGAUCGAUUCCAACCAUAAAGAACUGAUGUCGAAUGAGUAUCAAGAUGUACAUUUCUACGUAGGAAGUUGUGUCACCGCUCAUGCAAGCGAUCAGGCGUCAAUUAUUCGCAUAGAAACAGUUUCAUGA